AUGGCUCUCUUUUCAGAAAAUGCGGCUUGGCCGUCCCACGGCUUCGUCUCUCAACCACCCACCUUCACUGUCCCUGUUUUUCAAUACAAUAAAACCGGAACUACAGAUCCUGGUAAUCUUGUUCUCAGUGCUGGUGGCAAGACUUGCCUCAUUGCCUCGGAUGAGGGCGAGUUGCUCUGGCGCUUAGACGACAAGACACCCUUCGUCACCAAUUGUCUUAUCCAGAAGCUAAAUGGCACUGAUGUAAUUGUGUACAAUGAGGCAUAUUUCACGGACCAAAAUGUUGGCUUUGGUUACGGAACUGUUGUGAUUCGUGAUAGCACCUAUCAAGUCAUACACAAUGUCACUUUGAAGGAUCCGGAGCUCACAAAUUCGAGAGAUGGAGAUUGGGCAUCGGUCAUUGACUACCACGAAUCCACGCUCACUGAAGAGGAUACAGUUCUUGUGGUCGCAUACAAUGCCACACAGUUAGAUCUUUCGCCCUUUGGCGGCCCAUUGAAUGGGUGGGUACAUGUGCCGUUGAUCUAUGAAUUAGACGUCAAGUCCAAUGAUAUAGUGUAUCGGUGGGACGUCAUGGAAAACGUACCUCUCCAGAGCUCCCAUGCCUUCUUUGGAGGUGUUCAUGGCACAGGAGCUACUAGAGACAAGGUUUGGGAUCCCUACCAUGUCAACAGCAUUCAACCCUACAAGAAUGGAUUUUUGUUCUCCAUUCGCAAUGCUGGUACCGCUAUCUAUGUCAACAAGGCAACUGGUGAGAUUGAGUGGACACUCGACGGAGUUGACAGAAACGGUGAUUUUAAGAUUGACGGAGAUGAGCAGACAUGGUUCAAUUGGCAACAUCAUAUCCGUAUUCAGGAUAACGUGCACAAUGACCGCCAAAUUCUGACCGUCUUCAACAACUUCAACGACGAGAUGACAGGGCGCAAUGAAUCAAGAGGUGUUAUAAUAGACCUUGAUCUACACACCAUGAGAGGUUCAAAAAGAGGCACGUUUCUAAGUCCUGAGCACCCAGUUUAUGCUUGGAACUCUGGUUCGGUGCAUUUCGACCAAAUCACAAAUCACACUAUUGUUAAUUAUGGCUCUGGCACCGCAGUCAUGGAGUUUGAUGCAGAUGCCAACCCGAUUUACAGACUCGAGUUUGGCAACCCAGUCGAGGGAUAUUCCUACCGCACCAUGCGGACACUGUGGAAAGGAUAUCCAAAGACGAAGCCCUCGGUCAGGGCAUGUGGCAAGGAUGGCGAACUCAAAGCUUAUAUGAGCUGGAAUGGUGCUAGCGAAUUGGUCAAAUGGAACGUGUACGCCGGUAUGAGCGCAGAAACCAUGGAUAUUUCCGCCUGCUUGGAUAAGACCGGGUUUGAAACAGAAGCAGCCAUACCUGAUGACAGUAAGUUUAUCAGAGUAGACGCUUUGGACGGAGAUGACAACGUCCUUGCUUCAUCAUCAACAGUUCCUACCAUGAGCACCUGCUGA